AUGGGAAGCCGCACCAUGAUGCAGCGACGUGUCGCCCACGCGGCCGCCGUCACCGCCCUCCUCGCAGCCCUGCUCCUGGCCCCACGCGCCGACGCAGCGCGCCUGGUCCCCGCAAAGAGCGCCGCCCGUGCGACGCCCCGUAGCCGCACACCCUUCAAGACGGCGGCCGCCCUCGAGAGCGGCGCCCCUGCAGCAGGCCCCGACGCCACUGCGCCCCUUGAAGCCGGCAACGCGACCGUGGUUGCCGCCCCCGAGCCGCUGGCGGCGCUGAGGGUGCUUGCCCUCGGCGACUCCAUCACCCAGGGGUCUGUUCCCAGUGAGAAUGCGAACCACCCCUACACCCUGCAGCUGCAAAAGAGGUUGCAGGCCAAGCUCAGGCGGCCGGCGGACGUCACCAAUGCAGCCGUUGGUGGUGCUGGGAUCUUUGCUGUUGGCUUCAACAACCCGGUGACACUGGUGCCCUAUGCCAAGGAGAUGCUCGCAAAGAACGCCAAAUUCGACUGGGUGAUUUGCCUGAUUGGCAUCAACGACCUGCUGCGCAUGGGCCGGCCUGCAGAUGAGGUGAUGCGCGGUCUGAACGACAUCUACACGCCCGCCCUGGCCAGCGGCUCCAACGUCCUGGCCAUCGCUCCCCUGGCCGCCCCUGGCUUUGUGUCCAAGUAA